UGCAAGUAGGCCGAACGAAUUCAAUAAUAUCUAAUAUUUCUAUUUGUAAAACAUUCAUAUUUAUUUAAUAAAGUACAAAUAAUCAAAUAUUAUGAGCACACAAUAUUUGUGGCCACAAUUUGUGUGCUUAACAAUCUCUCUCGCCACAACGGCUUUGGGUGUUUUCAUAGGACAAACUAAAAAUUUUCAAAACGUAUUUUACUUUGUUUUUCCUGCGACUCUCGGUGUUGAGAUAGUUAAAUUUUUUAUAAUACAAAAAUGCUUUCAAAUACCAGGAAACGCAUUUCCUAAUGCAACUGGCAAGCACAAUAAUUAUGGGACGUUAAGUUUCAUCAAAGAUUUGUUAAAAACAGUUACAAUAUUCUUGUUUGCAAUCAUUGUAGUAGCUUUUGCAUUGGGAGCCACUAAUUUAGAGGCAACGAUUUAUUUCUCAUUGAUCCUGACAUGCAUUAGCCUCCUUCCAAUUCAACUAUUUGUCGGACCUCGUUGUGCUGUACUUGUUAUGCUUUCAAGUAAAUUGGAGUUGGGAAAGCUAAUUGCUGAACAACAUUUGGACUUUUUACAAUAUGCUGCGAUUGGAGCUAUUUUGGGUAGUUGGGGAAGCUCAAUAGCGAUGCCUCUGGAUUGGGACAGACCCUAUCAAACGUAUCCAAUCCCACAAGUAGUGGGAGCAAUUGGUGGACACUUACUUGGAUGUGUAUUUUUCGUUUUGAGAACAAUGUUGAUUAAUGCUAAAAAUGAGAUAAAAAAGAAAUCAAUACUAUAGUAAUGAAAAUAAAAGUAAUUAUUUGUUAGUAAA